CCUCCCUUCCCCUUCCCUUUCCCGCCGCCGCCCUUUUGCUUUCGCUUUCCCCGCUGCGGGCAGCUGGCGCGGCCAUGGAGAACGGCGCCGUCUACAACGCGACCACCGAGCCGCAGACCAAGCCGUCCUGCUGCCCCUUCAGCUGCAGCCUGCAGCACCUGCGGGGAUGGCGGCUGCCGACCAAAGCGCUACAGGCGAUUCUCUCUCUUCUGGCUGUUAUUUUUGAAGAAAUUGUGCAGAAUUGCAUCAUGUGUGGUGGACUUUACUUCUUUGAAUUCGUAAGCUGCAGUGCCUUUCUUUUGAGCCUCGUGAUCCUGUGUGUGUAUUGCACUAAUAUAUAUGAAACACUUGGGAAAGAUAAAGUACGGAGAGGGAAUUUGUGGGCCAUGCCAGCCAUAGGUUUCUGUUUUUUGUUAGCAUCAAUAGUGCUUGCUGCAACCAGCUCUGGGUCUGCUGUUGAAAAAGUCGCAUGUGUGUUUGGAUUUCUUGCAAGUGGUGCAUUUUUAGCUGAAAUGGUUAUAGAGCGUUUUCACAGACAGAAAAAAACCGCCAGUGGAAGCUCUGAAAAUCCUGGCAACACUCAGAGUGCCACAGAAAAUCAGCCAUUGAAUAAACAAAGCUAACUUUUUGGAAUUUUUUUUCUUUUGAAUGGAGCAAACUAAAAUGAACUUUCAGUGCACUGUAGGUAACACCUUCUGUCUCUCCUUCUAAUUUUGUAUGCAUUGCUCAUCACAAUUUUUUACGGAUCCUUAGGUCAAGUAAUGGCAUCUUGAGCAUCAUGUUCUGAGGUAACUGGACCUGCUUAUUAACUGGUCCUGCCACCUCUCCAGGUGACAUACACUAAACAAGUGGCGUCUAAGUAGAAUAACACAAGGACAAGCGUGGCAAUUUGAUUUUGACAGUUGAUACUAAAGGUUAAUGUGUGAUGCAUAAAUUCUGAGCUAUACCCUGAAGAUACAUACUUUCUGUAUAAAUGGACCAAAUACUUCUGUUAGGAGUUAUAAAUCAGUACUGCAGGAUUCAUUUUCGUACUUGCCAGUCAAAACUGUGAAUGUAAAAGGGAUAUCUAACUGGAGCCUUACAGAAACUCUUAUCCUCAUCCAAGGGGUUUUGUUUUUUUUUUCACUAUUCGUAUGUCUCAGUUCUGUCUCUGGAGAUCAGCUUAAUGGAAUAGUGAGUGCAGGGGUUUUAUGGGGAGGGUAAUGUAAUGGUAUAUUAAGGAGACAGUUUUGUACCCCAUGAUUGUCAAAGUUUGGACUUGUAUGCCAGAAUCUUCUUUCAGAUUGUUUUGAAAGCUAUAAAAGUUGCAGGAAGAAACUUGAAAAGCCAGCUGUGAGAGAAAAAAGAUGAAGAAUAAAUAUUUUCAUGAAGCAACUCCAAAAGCAGCAAUCUGAACAUCAAUGGGAAAAAUGUUACAGCAUGUUGGUACUAUUCUGGUGAAUAUUGCUUGCAAGGUUCAUACCACAUGCAGCUUGUUUAUGCAUAGAUAAUGGUAAGUUUUGCCAGAAUGGUUAUGGACCCCAACAUUUCUGUUUAUAAAUAUGGCACGAGCUUAAGAUUUCUUGCUGCUGACUAUCUUAGUGGGUAAACAGGUAAAUAAGCACUUGUACCCUUGAUUUGGCUUAAAAGUGACAGGCUGUAGGACUGCAAGAAAUACUACUGAUGCAACACGUAUCACACAAGUGAUGGACGUAUCAGACCAGAUGUUGAUGGCUGUAAAAGAAAUUAAGCGGUGAAAAGGCAUUUUUCAGGUGUCUGAGCUAGAAGCAAGACUGCUAGACCUUGCUUAAGAGGAACGCCUUCAAAAGUAGAGCAAAUUGCUGUAAGCCAGAUGUUCCAAAAUACCAAAACAAAUGAGAAGCAGCCGAUUAUGCAAAAACAAUUCUAGUCUGAGUACUCAUGACAUUUGCUGUGUCUUCCAGGCAUUAACUCCUUUUCAUCAAUACCCUAGUCUGUCAGAUGUAUUGUCCUGUAACCUAUUGUGGCAACACUGAGACUAAGCCCUCCAGAAACUGGCUGAGCAGGCUGUAAUUGGAAAAGGAUGAGGAAGCUGUUGUAAGACAAAGGACUGUAAAAGAAGGUCAGAGGUUUUUUUCCUGUGCUGCCAAUUUCUGAUGAACAUGAGUUUGAUCUUCUCUCUCUAAGGUCUGGGCUUAACCGUAACACUACACUUUGCUUGGAGGAUGUAAAAUUUUGACAGGUGUUGCGAAGCAUCAUGUUUAAGCUGUAGCUUGUUUUCAGAGCCAUGCAUUAAGAGACAUAGUUUCCUUUAUAGAAUUUCCUGCUUUGUGAAGCAGAAAGGCUCUUUGGACUGGCUUUUUUCCCCUCUGUAUUUAUUAGUGUCCAUUUGCACUAAAACCUGAUCUCAGUCUAGGUGUACAGAGCUUGCUGUAGCUGUGUCUGGAAACGGGCUAGAUUACAGUCAUUUUGUUUACAGGCGAUGUUACUGGUGAUACAACACUUACCUGAAUGAGGAGCAACCCUGCUAUGAUUUGUAGGGUCUUACUUCAAGGAUUGUCUCCAUAUCUGCGAUUUAACAUUCUAAGGGUGGGUUGUUUGUUGUUUGGUUUUUAUUGCUCAGGAUUCUACUAAAUUUUUUUUCACAUCAAAACGUCUGUAGUUUCUAAAUCUUGACCUAUAAUUAAAAGCUGUAAAUAUAGUGUAACGCUGCUGCUGCUAUCUAUUAAGCAAUGCAGCACCAUGACAGGGCUUUUAUCUUGAGGUAAUUUUUCUCACUUGAACAUAUGUGAAUAGAGUUCUGGGGUUUGGUUGCUUUUUCUGUAGGUAUUUCCCCACCUAAGUGCUUUGUUAUUGGUGUCCAUUCCUGAACUGAAGAUACUGGUACCGAAAGGGAUCUGGAAAGUCAUCUCUCUGCCUUGGCCUAUCUGUGAUAUUUACUGCUGAUACUUUGGAGAGAAACUGAAAUACAGAGCAAGUUAUUUUUAUGAAAGCGUGCCACAAGGAGUUGGUGUCAGAAGUUACUCUGACUGAGAUCUUCUGACUCCCAUGAUCUGACUGUUAAGCCUUUUGAAACAAAUGCUACCAAACUUUACAGAAUGGUUUGAUGGAUUCUCCUGCUACAUCCAUGUUGGCAACCCUGGCAUGUUUCAGGUUGUUAGAGUGAAGGGGUUUUGGCAUGUUUUUUCGUUUUCAUUUUAGCUGUUCCAAGUAGGUAGUUAUUCUCUCACCGACUGACUGAUCCACGUAUAGAUUUGAGGAUCAGAUCCCAUCUCUGACUGAAAGGGAUGCAAGCGUUGCCAUCAGCUAAUGAAAAUGACAAAUGGUAGUUCUUGGGAAACCUGUUAGUUUUUUCCCAUAUGUUACAGGAGCCUACUAAUAGGAAGAGUCCUGCUGUUCUUUACAACAACACAUAUUGUUCCACUUCAGAUCCUAUUUAGCUACAAGCAAGUCAUGCACUGGUUAUAGGUUUAAGGCAAUUGCUAAUUGUUGCUUCCAAACUCUGUUGGCUAACAGUCUCUGCAUGGUGGUACUAUUAAUGCAAGGCUUACAAGUAUGAGGUGUUCUUUUUGUUCUGUUUAAAAAUAGCUGAGAAGCAGGUUUGCUAGUGUGUAUGUUGCUCUCAGCCUCUGUGAGGUCAUUUCCUUAACUGCUUCAUCAGCUUGCUAAGAGAAAGGGGCAGGUGUGUGUACCUCCUAGCUCUUCUGCCCUCCCAGGCGAGGUGGGGGAGAGGCUUCCUUGCUGCUGUGGCUGAGCAGACUGGUCUCCUGCAGUCUUGACAUGCCCCCUUUGAUGCUUCUGGUGUCAGAUCCAGGCUUUGAGUAUCUGUCUUUUGACGGAUCCCAGCGAACAGUUUUGGAGCUAGAUUAAAUGUCGGGUUUUGCAGGAGCUCUGCGCGUGUGGCUGGAUGUCUCUUACCCCUCCUGUGCUCCGUCAGCAAAGUGGUCUGCUUGUUUCCCAGCCUGCUUCUGAUGAAAUCAGCCUUUAAACCAGCUUAAACUUUAUUUAAACCAGCUAUUAAAAUUACUUACAUUAAGGUGGCUGCUUUAUACUGAAGUGGGUUAGGGUUUAAGGAGAGUGGUGGGAGCCCUGGCAGAAGUGCUGUUACAAGCAACCGUCUUUAAAUUUCUUCUGUUUGCAAAGUAACCGUCUCUGUACAGUCUCAACUGGUAGUAAAACCUGUGGAAAGAAGCAGCUGGCCCAGUAUACCUAUCUGGGGAUUGUCUUCUCCCUUCCACAGUGCUUGGCAGUGGUGUUGCAAGCCUGCUCAGACACAUUAAAAGCUUUUGUCUUUUCCAGCUGAGUCCAUCCAAAAAUAUUUUAAAGGCUCUGCACCCACUUUCAGGCUUUGUUUACAGUGCCUUGAGAAUCGGUGGAGAGGGUUCUCCAGGACGUGUGAGGACUUGUUGUUAAGUGGCUGGACUGUGAGUUUCUGCUCUGAAAAACUGCACUGGCAUUGUGUAGAUUGUGAAUGUUAAUGUUUGUGUUUGGUGUUUAGCACACGUUAAAAUCACAAUGCUACCAGUGUCCUUUGGGUUCUGAAUAUGUGAAGAAAUUGUGCCUUACUGCUUGCACUCUGUGCUUAAAAAUAGCAGGGAAGGGUUGUGGUCUACUGCAAUAACAGUCCUACCUUUGCACCCUCCAACUUCAAAAAGCAGUUAAGCCAUCUCACACAAUUCUCAGAGCUCUGCACAAGACAUUUUUGCAUAAUGGCCAUCGUGGUGAUCCUCGUUCAGAUUUGUGCAAUAAAAAUACCAAGCUUUCUACACUGAAGGGAAAUCUUUGUGAAAUUUUUGAAAGGUUAUAUAAAUUUGUAAUGACUCAAGAUGCUGGUAGUGCUUUUAAGAUGGAAAUUCAUCUUUUUAGUCUAUUGCUGUAAACAUAAGCAGUUCUCUAGAUAGUAAAUUUUAUGCUGUUCAGAACUGUAUCACUUUUAAUAUCUUUGAGAAUUUAAGUGACUUUUAAUGAUUAUUAAAUCAGGAUGAUAGUGCAGCAGGGUUUUGUAUAAAAAUUUUAUACAGUUUUGUUGCCAGUGUUGCCUUGAAUUUCCUUUUAAAUAAUUUUGAAAUGCUUAAAUAUUUUUCCAUUCUAAACCUGUGGUCUUUUAAAAUGUAUUAUGCUUUUUUGGUCUUAAGAACUUUCUAAAAUAUUUUGUAAUCACUUUUUAAAUAAAAUAGUAGUAAAUAACUUCA